AUUGUCAAUAUGGAAGCACAACGUGCAGCGGGAGAAACUGCAUCUUAUGAUGCAUGGAAAAUGAAUAUACCAUCAUUUUCUAAAGAUGAUAAUCCAACUGGUCUUUUGUGUGAGAGUUCUUUUGCUACAUUAUUUCCCAAAUACAGAGAAAAAUAUCUUAGAGAAUGUUGGCCUUUGGUAAAACAUACUUUAUCUGAUCAUGGCAUAUAUGCUGAGCUUGAUGUAGUAGAAGGAAGUAUGACAGUAACGGCAACAAAUAAAACAUGGGAUCCUUACAUUAUUAUCAAAGCAAGAGAUAUGAUCAAAUUGUUGGCAAGAAGUGUACCAUAUGAACAGGUUUCAAAUUUUUAAUUUUAUAAUUCACAA